AUGACACCCAAUGCGCAGCGGUCACGGUCUUCGACCCCCGAACCGGUUAUCAAUGCGGUAAUCGAGGAUAUAUGCAAACUAUGGGGCAUUGACGAUGCCUGGGAAGCACUCCCGAACGGCCUGAGCCACAACCACGUCAGCAAAGCCAAAGGAUGCCUAGGAUGGGGCGAGGAGUUUCUCGUCCUCCUUCGAGAUCUGGCAGGCUAUACGCCAGGCAAGCUGACGGAAGUACAACGCAUGAUACAAGACCGAAUUCAUCUUGGCCGGGGAACAAAAGCCAGUCGCCCUACAGGUGCCAUGAAAGAGGAUAUCCUGGCGCUGAUUACAUACUUUCGUCUCGGAGAACCCACACCUGCGAAGCCUGUUAGGCAGUCCAGUAGGAAGAAGCCUGAACAGGGAUACGUCGAGGAUAGAUCGGCAAUCUACCCGGACCGGCCACAGCCAUGGAACAAGUUUAGCAACUAG